AUGGUGAAUCCGGAAAAAACGCCACCUCUUCCUGCGCGCAGGAAUAAGAACAAUAAUAACCAUAUUAAUAGUACUAACACAUAUGCUCCGUUAGACUCGGAUAAUGACACGAUGGUUCCCAAUUGGGACCAUGAAGAUUCGCUUAACACUGAAAAUCCUACAGACAAAGAUGUAAAGAAUGCUUAUGAUAUUAUUGAUGCUCCUGAUACUACCAUAAAUGACGAGCUAUUAAUACAGAUUUAUCAAAUUCGGGUUAACGAUAACCCUACUGACAGUCCCAGACAACGUAAAGCAUUAACUGUGAUUGGUAAAUCAAGACAGAGUUCGAUAAUAUCAAAAUUCUUGGCAGAAGAAGGGUUCUCAAAUUUUGAUUAUUCUUCGAGCAUGCCUGUUGGAUUAAAUAACAUUGGGAAUACUUGCUAUUUGAAUUCAUUAUUACAAUACUACUUUACAAUACAAGAACUGCGCGAAGCAGUGCUACAGACAGACACAUACGAAAAAGAAGAGUUUGAUCAAGAUUGGGAAAACAAAAUUAUUGGAGGACGUCGAGUGACCAAGAAUGAG